GUUUAAUCAAUCUAAAAAAUAGCUAGCAAGCUAAACAUUUAGUUAAAUAUGUAGCUGUCUGCAAACACCUUUCUAGCUAAAWAUGUAGCUAGAAAGCUAYAUAGCUUUCUUGCUAACAAAAUUCUUAAGUCAAUAUCAAAAACUCAACAAAUAUGUCAAAUUUUACAAAACAGCCGAGUAAAUUAUCGCUUCAGAAUUUAUCUGGAAAAAUUAAUUCAGAGUAAGCUAAGCAUGCUAAACAUUAGCAAAGUUAGCAAAAACGCUUCAGCACUAAUAAAAAAAAUUUGCUCUGCUGAUAGCACAAAUAUGCCUACCUCUGCUAACAGUUUGUUUCCUUAGAUCUGAAGACUUCUGACCAUUAAAAGCUUUGUCCAGAAACCAUUAAGCUGCACAUUUCAGUCAAUUUUCAAUCAACAACUUUGGCAUCACCGAGUUUCCGUAAGCUUCCUUAAGUGUUUAGUAGUGAYAUUCGUAACUGAAAUGGUGAUUCUGCGGACUCAGGUGUCCCUGGUGGUGAACGUCGCCAGCGAGUGCGGUUUCACCGACCAGCACUACCGAGACCUGCAGCAGCUGCAGCGGGACUUCGGCCCGUUUCACUUCAACGUCCUGGCUUUUCCCUGCAACCAGUUCGGCCAGCAGGAGCCCGGCAGCGACAAGGAGAUCGACAGCUUCGUGCGAACCGUGUACGGRGUCUCCUUCCCGCUGUUCAGCAAAAUCGCCGUGGUUGGAACAGGAGCCAACAAUGUCUACAAACACCUGGCAGAGGUGUCCGGAAAAGAGCCUGACUGGAACUUCUGGAAGUUCCUCAUCGACGUUGAUGGCAGAGCGGUGGACGCCUGGGGGCCGAAGGUUCCCGUCACGCAGAUCCGGCCGAAGAUCGCCGACAUGGUGCGGCAGAUAAUCCUGAAGAAGAAGGAAGAGCUUUAACUCUCCGAUUCCUCCACGAACUGAACACAAGUUUUACAUUCCCAGUUUUAUUAUCUAUCCGCAGCAGCUUCGGCUACUUUCUGAGUGCACUGAUCCAACACUCUUUAAAAAGAUCUGAUGCUUUUAGGAACAUUUCUAAACCAAAGAGCUCGUUUUUAAAUAAAUUUCACUGUGAUUCCGAGUUUGUUUUAUGCUCUGCGUCAUCACUGGUUGGUGGGACUCGAUUGCAGAGUCUUUAAUUGAAGACUACAUCAACAAAACGGCAACAUUUUCAAUUCAGAAACCCUUUUUUCUGCUAAAUGAAUAAAUAAAUGAGCUCAACAAAAACAGA